CAGUGUGUCGGAGAGUGGCUCGUCGCGAAACUCGCGCCCGAUCGUCGCCAAAACCAUCGCGUCCGACGUCAAAGCGUCGUACUAUUAUUAUAUUUUUUUACAUACACCGCGAGCCAAAUAGCAUCCGCUCAGAGCAUAAACAGAGCGCGACGAGUGAACUGUAUUCCGCGUACAACGUACUACGAUAUUAUUGAGCUGUGCACAUUGCGACCGUCGUCGUCAGGGUUCAGUCGCAGUGCGUGCGAUCGGCCCGAGCGGUGCAGUUCCUGUUUUUUAAUCAUAACGAUAUAACACGAUAUCGUACGCGGUUGUCGAUUAUUAUUCUGUCUCUCCUCUAUAGUUUUUCCGGACGCACGCCGAUUACCGCGAGGACAAUAUCGCGAUGUGCGUGCUAAUAGUUAUUUGAUCCAUCCACUCGUUCUCGUCAUCUUUCCGUUUUCACAAGCAUGUCCGAAAAUGUUGGCUCGUCCACCGUUGAAAUUGUCAAAAACAAUGGUUAUGCCGUUGAAGUACACAAUGUCGUCACGGAGGACGGUUACAUCCUGGAGUUGCAUCGCAUCUCGGCAAACAAGAGCGGACAAGAACCCACCAGAAACCAUUCGGUGUUCGUACACCAUGGCAUUCUGGGGAGUUCGGCCGAUUGGGUACUCGGCGGGGCCGAUAUAUCGUUACCGAUGCAAUUAUCCGACGCCGGGUACGACGUGUGGUUGGCCAACUGCCGGGGUAACACCUACAGCAGAAAGCACUCGACGAUGACUUCCAAGCACAGAGAGUUUUGGAAUUUUAGUCUACACGAAGUCGGAACGUUCGAUUUGCCAGCUUCGUUCGACUACAUUCUAAUGAAGACCAACGCCUCGCAACUCCACUACGUAGGCUAUUCGAUGGGCACGUCUGUGUUUUUCAUAAUGGCUUCCGAAAGACCCGAAUACCAUCACAAGAUUAGGUCGCAAAUCAGUCUCGCACCGGUAGCCUACUUGUUCAACACAACAUCGUCUGUGAGACAUAUCGCUCCGUUCGCGGAGAAGAUGAACAUUAUGUAUCAAUGGGUUUCGAAUGGAAUGUUUAUGCCUCAAUCGAAGAUGCAAUCAUUUUUGGUAACUAACACUUAUGGAGAAAAAAUUGCACGGACUCUGUUUUGCCAAAAAUGCAUAUCGUAUGCAGUGUCUUCCGUGUGUGGUAGUGAAACGUAUACUUUCGAAAAUAAAUUAAUACCACUCGUCAUUGAACACUUUCCGGCGGGGACGUCGUCCAAACUAACCACUCAUUUCUCACAGCUUAUAUUGAAAGACUGUUUUAGUCGGUACGAUUACGGUCCGAUCAUGAAUUUGCAACAUUACAAUUCUACCGAACCUCCAACGUACAACUUGAGAUCCAUACAAAUACCGAUUGCGUUGAUAUACGGAAAAAACGACGUAUUGACGGACGUGGAGGACGUGAUGAGACUGAAAUCGCAACUUCCGAAGCUGAUGGACUUCGUUCCGGUCGACAGUCCGCGUUGCAACCACGUGGACUUUUUGUGGAGUUUAGACGUGACCAAACAAGUAAACUUGAAGGUGACGGAAAUAUUGCAGAAAACCGACCACGCAGCCUGGGAGUACACUGGUCCCCCCUCGGGCUCCUGCAGUACAGACGGAACAAGCGAUAGCGACAGUCCAACGACCAAAGGACGACAGUCAAACUCGACGGGUGACCAUCACGAGUACGUAAACUUCGCACCGGGCCCGGAUCGCUCGGCGGAAAACUCAUCGGGUGAAAUUCCGUUGCAGCGGGACGUUGACGACAAGUCGGCCGAAGUCGUACUAGGUCGGAAACUGCUGCAGAAGAUGCAGCUGUUAGAUAACUUGAUCGCGCUGCUGAAGUCCACCGAAACCAAGUACCACCGACUUCGGGAAGGUUUGACCAGGGAGUUUUCCGAAUGGACUCACGGCGCCCGGAACGCGGCCGGAACUCGUCGCGGAGCCGGAAGUAACUCUGCGGCAGGGUUAGAAGACUCGGUGGCCGGGGCAAAGACCACCGAACAAACCAUCACUGUGACGUCACGCCGCGUCGGUAUCGGAAAAGUCAGCGACUUUGUUGAUUAUUGUGCCGGUCUGCACCGCGUGGACGACAGGACGGCGGCGGGACGAGCGCUUUACACCACGUUUAGCAGUCUAGGAAGAGCGAUCAAGUUCUUGAAGAUGCGUUAUAAAUAGACGGGAGUUUUCACGAGCUCGCUCUUUUAAAUAUAUAUAUAUCUCAGAUUCUGUGUAAGAAUUAUUGUAACAUCGGCACCUGUAGGAGUGCUGCACGAGCCUUAGCGUUAUUAGUUGUUUGUUAUUGUACCUACUCAAAUUGUUAUUGUACUCAAAUCCAGACAGAGCUUUGUAACUAUUUAAUAGAUUGUAUAGGACUGUAUCAAGUCUCAAGUUCAACAGAGCGUCUAUUAUAUGUUUAUAUUGUACAGCGGUUUGUACCAUCUGUAGGAAGAUUAUUUAUUAAUAAUAAAAUUAUUUUAUGAUUUAUUAUUA